AUGGUCAAGAAGUCAGUCGUCGCCAGUCUGGUGGUUCUGCUGGUGGCUGCGGUUUGCAUCUUCUUGAGCUCUUUCUUCUGGGGCGGCACCAAGGAACAAACUGCCUCCCUCCCAUCGGACAACUUCUACCCCAAGGCUGCCGUGGCUACGGAUGCGGGGAGGUGCUCCGAGAUCGGAAGAGACGUGCUGAAGAGGAACGGCACAGCGGUGGACGCCUCUAUCGCCGCCCUGCUCUGCGUGGGGCUCAUGAACGCCCACAGCAUGGGUAUUGGGGGAGGCCUCUUCUUCACCAUCUACAACGCCACCACCGGGAAGGUAGAGACGAUCGAUGCCAGGGAGACGGCACCCCUCAACGCCACCGAGGACAUGUUUGGCAACAACACCCAGUUGUCCCGGAAAGGGGGCCUGUCCAUCGCCAUCCCCGGGGAGAUUCGCGGCUACGAGAUGGCGCACCGACGGCACGGCCGGCUCGCCUGGCGAGAGCUGUUCGAACCCAGCAUCGAGCUGGCUCGCCACGGCUUCCCCGUAGGCAAAGCGCUGGCCAGCGCCAUCGCCAAGAACAAGGAGUCCAUCCAGGGAGAUGUGGCGUUGCGCGAAGUGUUUUGUGACUCACAGGGAAACAUUCUGAAGGAAAACGAUAUUAUUAAAUUCCCCAGACUGGCUGAAACGUACCAGCGAAUUGCGGAAGAGGGCCCCGACGUGUUUUACAACGGAACGAUGGCUCAACGUAUCGUCGAGGACAUCCAGAUGGCAGGUGGGAUUGUGACCUUGGAGGACCUUUUGACUUACGAACCCUUGCUGAACGAAAACCCACUGCAUCUACAUGUGGGGGGGUACACCAUCUAUGUGCCCGAUGCCCCCUCCAGUGGUCCGGUACUGGCGCUCAUCCUCAACAUCCUGGAUGGCUACAACUUCUCGGGCCUCAGCGUUUCCACGUCGGAGAGCAGGACCCUCACGUACCACCGAAUCGUGGAAGCCUUCCGCUUCGCCUUCGCAAAGAGGAGCCGACUGGGGGACCCCCGCUAUCUCAACAUCACCGAUCUCCUCCACAACAUGACAUCUGAUUACUUUGCUGACGGGAUCCGGAGCAAAAUCACGGAUGACACCACCCACCCGGACAGCUACUACGAGCCAGAGUACUUUGUGCCCGACAGCCAGGGGACAGCCCACCUCUCCAUCAUUGCAGAGGACGGGAGCGCAGUGGCAGCAACCAGCACCAUCAACUUAUACUUUGGCUCCAAAGUGAUCUCCCGUUCCACCGGCAUCAUCUUCAACGACGAGAUGGACGACUUCAGCUCCCCUUACAUCACGAACGGCUUUGGGAUUCCACCCUCCCCGAACAACUUCAUCCAGCCAGGGAAGAGGCCCCUCUCCUCCAUGUGCCCAACCAUCAUCUUUGACAAAGACAACAAAGUGAAAAUGGUGGUGGGAGCUUCCGGAGGGACAAAGAUCACGACGGCGACGGCCCUGGUGAGGUGCGCACUUAAAGAUCUGACGCUCUGCCCACACACUUCUCCACACGCCAACGCGCUGUUCCUGCCUACACACUGGCUGGCUUUCCUCUUCCACCGGCAGGUGAUUCUCAAUUCGUUGUUCUUUAACUACGACCUGAAAAAAGCCGUGUCGGAGCCCCGGGUCCACAACCAGCUGAACCCCAACAAGACUGUUGUGGAAGAGAAGUUCGAGAAGAGCGUGUUGGAUGGCCUGGCUCAGAAGAAUCACGUGACGGAGCUGCUGCGGACCCCAGGGGCGGUGGUUCAGGCCGUCAUGCGCCAAGGGAACCGGCUCUGCGCCGAGUCGGACCCCCGAAAGGGUGGGUACCCAGCCGGGUACUGA